AUGACAGCAACAGACAAAGGUUCCAAUGAAUUAGUCAAGUCUCGACUAGAAAAUGAUCGUUUCAUAAAUUCAUUCAAUCCUCAAUAUAAAUUGCCUCAUCUAGGGCUUGCUUUAAUAUGGAAGAUUACUUCACCAGACAAUACACGAUUGCCAUCUAAUAAAAAAGAACUUGAUAAAAUUUUACCCGUUAUUCGACAUGAAAAAUCCGAAGAAUUAUAUUUAACAAAACCCGCUUUACGAUUUAUUUGGAUUGGACAUGCUUCAUGUUUUAUUCAAAUGAACAAUUUUCGAUUCUUUGUCGAUCCAGUUUUCAGACAAUGGUUUCUUGAUAAUCAUAUAAAAAAUGUUGUCGAACUGGAUUGGUGGGAAGAAUAUUAUUUUUCAAAAAAAGAAGUGAACAUUGCUUUUUGUCCAGCUCAACACUGGAGUCGUCGUACUGCAUUCGAUUUAAACAAAUCUUUGUGGGGCAGUCAUGCUGUCUGGGAUACUACACAUAAAUUCUACUUUAUCGGCGAUACAGGUUAUACUCAUAACAUUUCAAUUUUUCGACAAAUUGGCAAACACUAUGAUCCAUUCGAUUUAAGUGCUAUACCGAUCGGUAUUUAUGAACCACAAUGGAUAAUGCAAGCUCAACAUGUGUCACCAGAUGAAGCUGUUCAAAUACAUAUUGAUGUUCAAUCAAAAACUUCGAUUGGUAUUCAUUGGGGUACAUGGGCAUUCGCAAAUGAAUAUUUCAUGGAACCACCUAAAAAACUUGCUCAAGCAGUUCAAAUAAAUCAACUUGAUCCGUCAUCAUUUGUUGCAGGUAAACAUGGUGAAAUUUUUGACUUACCUUAG